AUGGCACAACUUGAAUUUCCACAACUUCCUCACAUAAAUGAUCCUAAUUUGGAAAGUAAUGCGUUAACUCAUCCAAGCAUAAACAGACACAACAACAUAGUUGAGAAUCCAUGCAUUACCUUCCACCGUCUCCGCUUUCUUGGCCACUUUUCGUUCUUGAUGCAACUGACAAACGACAUUUUCCAUAGAUAUCCAACCCAUAACGCGCGUCAGCUCCAAAAGCUAGUUGAUACUAUUUCUGCUCGCAAUCAACUUGCUGAAUUCGCGUUGGGAACACAGCUCGAUUCAAAGAUAUGUGCUUCAAUUCCUCCAGAAAAAGUUCGUGCUAAUCAGCGAAUUUUAUCAGACUGUUUUUUGGCAUAUAUUGGCGCCAUGUAUUUGGAUAUUCGCGAAAUUCAUAGAGGGGGAAUGUGUGACGAGGGUGGUGAUAUUGGAUUGUUUGUGAAAGGGUUGGUAGAUUGUUGGCUAUGGCAGAAGAUUUCAUUCAAUUCAGUUGUUCCAGUAUUCGUCAAUAGCUAUGGUAACGGGAUCAAGAAUGGGAUUACGAAUACACAGCAUAUCAAUGGAAGCGCCCAUGAUGAUGAUGAUGCAAGUAGCGAAAGUACGAUCUCAAGUACAGUUGCAAACGAGACCAGAAAUCACGCAGUCUUUACUACCAUUCGCCAUAUAUUUAGCGAUAUAAGCUCUGUAGGAACUUCUACAAAUGGAGAUAGCUCUGAAGAUGGCGCAAACGGUGAUGGCACGCUAAUCCAAAAUGAUCAUUUACUACGAAUCAGUCACCAGUAUUGGAAACGAUAA